AUGGACGGGGAAAACAUGAUGAAGGAAGUUAAAGACAGGCUGAAAAGUCACCUUCGAUACAAGUUCAUGUGGAUAAACGAGGGGACGUCUGACGGCCGCUCUCGACUCGACCACAUCUACACCAGGCUCUACAUCACUGAUCGGGCCUCGAGGUUUGAUUUCAGAUCACACGAGAUACUGGACCACUUCAAAGUCUCAGAUCAGACGGGGCAGAUUACAGGACACUAUGAUCAGAUCGACUGCCUGGACAUUUUUACACCAGGAAGAAAGAGUUUCCAGCUCCCUGUGAGAGACGGACCCAUCCGCACAGUGAUGACCAAAGGCAUUGCUGGCAUUGGGAAGACAUUCGCUGUUCAGUUCUUCGCUCUGAACUGGGCAGAAGGAAAAUCUAACCAGGACAUCCAUCUGAUUUUCCUGCUUCCCUUCAGAGAGCUGAACAUGCUGAAACAGGGGGAGUACAGUCUGAUGCAGCUUCUCCUGCACUUCUACCCUCAACUGAGCCCACUGGAAAAUACCCCACAUCUCACCAGCAUGCACAUCCUGGUCAUCCUGGACGGUCUGGAUGAGAGCAGAUUCCCCCUGGACUUUGAUGGAGGUGGAAGAGUGAGUGACAUCAAUCAAAAAUCCACAGUCGACAUGCUGCUGACCAGUCUCAUCAGGGGGAGUCUGCUGCCCAACGCGCGGCUCUGGGUUACCUCCCGGCCGGCGGCGGUCGGCCAGGUUCCUGAUCACUAUAUCGACCAGAUGACAGAAGUCCAAGGCUUUACUGAUCAAGACAAAGAGAUUUACUUUAGAAAGAGAUUCAGCGACUCCACAGAAGUCCUGUCUUGUCUCAAAGGUAUGGUCAGCUUCUACUUCAUGGGACACAUCCCCAUCUUUUGUUGGAUCCUUGCUGAGGUGUUGAAGAACGGAGACGAGAGGAGCCAAACCAUCAGAACAAUGACGGAGCUCUACAUUCACUAUUUACUCAUUCAAACACGGAGAUCCGAGCAGAAGUAUGGAGAGAAGGAGUCAAAGAACGAGGCCAAAGAAGGUCUGUCAAGGUCACAGAACGCCGACAUCCUUUUAAAUCUGUCCAGGCUGGCCUUCGAACAGCUACAGAAAGGAAAUAUCCUUUUCUACGAGAAUGACCUUCAGGAGUGUGGCAUCGACGUGGAUGAAGCUUCUGUGUUUUGUGGGUUUUGCUCAGAAAUCCUGAAGCAGGAACGCGGCCUGUACCAACAGAAGAUGUUCAGCUUUGUGCAUUUAAGCUUCCAGGAGUUUCUGGCAGCUCUUCACGUGUUUCACUGCUGUGCCACCGAUCGCGGCACACUGACGUCUUUCCUCGGUGAGGACGUCACAAACCUGAGCUGGCUGGAGCUGCAGAAGAAGGUGGUGGAUAAAGCCCUUCAGAACCAGAAGGGGCAGUUCGACCUUUUUCUCUGUUUCUUCCUCGGAUUGUCACUGGAGUCCAAUCAGACGAUGCUGCAGGCGUUACUACCAGAGACGAAGAGCAGUACAGACACCUCGGAGGAAAUGAAGACGUACCUGAGAAGCUUCCACACAGGAAACCUCCCAGCAGAGAGGUGCAUGAACCUGCUGCUUUGCAAGUUUGAGCUGAAAGAGGAGCGAUUUCAGGAGGAUGUCCUCAAGUACCUGAACACAGCAGCAGCAUUAUCCACUGUCGACUGCGCUGUGCUGUCCACCAUGCUGCAGAUAUCUGGAGAGCGUUCAAACAGUGGGAUGGUGAGGAUGCCCGGCUGCUGCCUGAGAAGUAGAUGCUGUCAAGUGUUUGCCUCGACUCUCUGCUCCGACUCCCAGCUGAAGGAGCUCGACCUGAGUCGAAACCCGCUGCAGGAUUUAGGAGCUCAGCUGCUCUCUGCUGGACUCGGAAGUCCAAAAUGUAAACUGCAGGUCCUCAGGUUGUCCAGUUGUGGCAUCACGGAGGAGGGCUGCACCUCUCUGGCCUCAGCUUUGAAAUCCAACCCUUCACAUCUGAGAGAACUGGACCUGAGCUACAACUACCCAGGAGAGCUAGGGGUGAGGCUGCUCUCCGAGAGGCUGCAGAACCCCGAAUGCAGCCUGGAGAAACUCAAUGUGGACCAUAACGAAGAGCACUGGGUGAACACACAGCUUCUCGCUCAGUUCACCUGUGAUCUGUCAUUGGACCUGAACACGGUGCACAAAUCCCUCAUCCUGUCCGACUGCGGCAGGACGGUGAGCCGUACCAAGGAGAAGCAGCCGUACCCUGAUCAUCCGGAGAGAUUCAGCACAAACCCUCAGCUGCUGUGCAGGGAGGCUCUGACCGGGCGCUGCUACUGGGAGGUGGAGUGGAACGGGCGCACGAGGGUCGGCGUGGCCUAUAAAAGUAUACCGAGGAAGGAACGGCUGAAGUCGAGUUUUAAACACAGCGACAAGUCCUGGUGUCACGUCAGCACCUUAUUAGAAGGUUUCUACUUUAAACACAACAACAAGAGCACGUACAUACCAACUUCUCAGGGGCACACCAAAGCAUUCAGGUCCAGAGUCAGGAGACUGGGACUGUUUCUGGACUGGCCGGCCGGCACGCUGUCUUUCUAUCAGUUGUCAGGAGAAACCAAAACUCUCAUUCAUACCUUCCACACCACCUUCACGGAGCCCCUAUACCUAGCAUUCCUUGUGGAUGCUGGGACCUUGACUCUGUGCGGUGUGGGGACGCCGACCGUGGACAAGGUUCAGACAAGUUUCACUCCAGAGGUGAAAAAAGAAAAGAUGGGAUUGUCCUACAGGUUCAGGUUCCCCGGUCCUGGUCUGUUCCACUGCUCGCUGACUGAUCUGGUCUUCAGUGUGACUCACGAGAGCGAAGCCACCUACGAGAUGAUGAUCUGGGAUGAGAUGCAGCUUCAGUCGGCUCAGAAGGUUCCAGGAGGAGCUCUGUUCAGCAUCACGUGUCCAGAGGAGUCCAUCAGACAGCUGCACCUCCCUCACUGCGAGCCUGAACCCGCGCUGCUCUCUGACUGCCUCUCUGUGGCUCACAUCACUGAUGAAGGCAUGAGCUUCAUCCAGCCUCUGGAGGUGACCGAAACCCACGUGGUGGUGGAUGUACCACACCUUUCAGCCUUCGGCAUCGUCUGGGACUUCGUCAAACGCUUUGUGGAUUUCGUGAUGAAACCAAUUCGCAGUCAAAUCCUGCUGUUCCUCAAACCGAUGCACAGACAGGGUUUCAUCCUGUGGGUGAUUCUGCUGCCCAGCAACGUGCCGCUGAGCGAGGUGAAAGCUCAGCUGGUGGACUGUGAGCACAUCCAGGCUCCGUCCUUCUGUCUGCUGCACACAGGCCAGUAUUACAGCCUGUGCAGCGAGGCGCAGCUGCAGGACUUCAACAUACAGCCCGCACAUGCAGAAUUCUUUAGAAACUACGGACCAAACUACCACCCGACGUUUGAAAUGCUCAUGCUGUCGGAGGCGGACAAAGUGACCCUGGUGCUGCGAGAUGCAGAAAAAACCCAAGUGUGGGAGCACCAGCUCCACCUGCCUGCCAUGCUUGUGGUGACCACGGCGAGCAGAAACCAGCCACGGCUGGCGAGCGACAUCACAGCCCAGGAGAAGCUGUUUCAGGUCCGCUGCAGCUUCGUGGAAAAGGUGUCGGAGCCGGUCCUGAACAAGCUGCUGGACGAGCUGCUGCACUGCGGCGUGCUGACCGACAGUGAGAACGAGGCGCUCAGAGCCAAACUCCGGCCGGACAAGGCUCGGGAACUCAUCGACACGGCGCGCAAGAAAGGAGCCAACGCCAGCGCCAAGUUGAUCGCAGUGCUCUCCGCCGCCGACCCGUAUUGCUGCCGAGAGCUCGGCCUGUGUUGA